AACAAGCAAAUCGUGCAAAUUUUGAGAACUAUGCAUUAAAUCAAAUGUUGGUGGAGAAAAUUAAUAAACCCUAGAAACACAGCCACUUAGGAAUCUGGGUGAGAAAGAAAAUGGUGUUAUGGGAGAUUACCCUUGCCACUGCCUAUUUUUUGGGCAUCAAGCGAACCUACAAGCUGGCUCUCAGGAUUCAGCGUAGGAUCCUAGCACCUAAGAUCCGUCAAUUUGUUCACCGACGAACACGAUCUGUAUUUAAUGUAGCACUCAAAGUUAAUCGGACCAUUCAAGAAAGAGACAUUACAUUUGGUAGGAAUAUGGGAAACUACAUUUUGCAGAGGCUAAAUAGAAUGAAACCACAGGCUCAAACUCAGGGUGGAUCACCCUCCAAUGGUGCUCCUCGCCCAAGUUUAAGAAUGACAAAGCUUGUAUCAAGUUUUUCCAACAGCAAAACUUCUAGUUACUAUCAAUUAUUCAAGAGGAAAUCAGGUAUACAAAACACCUGGUUCCAAAAACAAAGCAUAUGGUCAAAGCCUUUCCCCUCCAUUGUAACGAUGAUGCGGCCUCAAAGUCUUGCUGGGACUUCCACCCAUUGCAGGCACCUCACUAUCAACGCUUCUCAUGCUUUUAGGCCAAACUACAGAGUAAAUUGGCCAGGUGAUGUUAUUAGGAAGGACAUAAUGCAAUGGAUGUUGCGAAGCUAACAUUAUAUAUUCUUGUAGGGGAAAAGUUGGUAAAUGCUGGAAAUCAGUGCUGAUGGAAGCUGCUUUUAUUUUCUGUCCCAAACUUUUUUUUUUGUUUUUUCAAUAAUCUUUGUACAUAGUUUGUUGAUCUUCCUUUUGGAGUAUGAACUUUGUGGGAUUGAUCUUCCUUUCUAGCAGGUACCUAGGAAAUGAAAUAAACAAGAAUGAUUUAAAUUAGAAUAUUCAGGAGAGAUCUUGAGGUA